CGUCAUCUGUCAGUUGAGUGCAAAUUUCGUCGCAGGAAGGUCGUAAUCCGGUGGUGUCGCGGAUUGAAAGUGUUUGCCCCCGUCCUCCGUGUGUGUCCCCGCGAGAAGAAGCAAGUGGUCGGUCGGUCAAACUACUGCGUACGCGUGGAGUGAGAGCAAGCAAAGCGAAGACCCACAAAAGUUGCUCGAUCCCGGGACAAGCCCGGAAGAAGUACGACGUAAACAGGCGCGGAGGUUUCCCGGUCCAACUCACUAGCCAGUGGUGCCACUUUGAAGGUCGUUCGGACGUGAGCUGCGAGAUGUUGCGAACCAUUGCCGUACGAAACGAGCGACUGCUGCUCCAGGGUUCGCGGAAGGUGGUACUCCGUGAUACGGCCAGCCGGGCGCUCAGCUGUGAGGCCGUCCGUCGGAAUGCCGUGCAAAAAAACGCCCAACGAUGGACCAGCAUCACCAGCAGCAGCAACGCCGGUCCCAAAGUAACCCUGCAGGUCAACUUUGUCCGCGGCUACUGCAGCAGCUAUCCGGAACACUCGAAGGUCAUGCUGCCGGCCCUAUCGCCAACCAUGGAGCUGGGCACGAUCGUCAGCUGGGAGAAGAAGGAAGGCGACAAGCUGAACGAAGGUGACCUGCUGGCGGAAAUCGAAACCGACAAAGCCACCAUGGGCUUCGAGACGCCCGAGGAGGGUUAUCUGGCCAAGAUUUUGGUGCAGGCCGGCCAGAAGGACGUCCCGAUUGGCAAGCUGGUGUGUAUCAUCGUUGAGAACGAGGCCGACGUUGCGGCGUUCAAGGAUUACAAAGACACCGGAGCUCCGGCCGCGGCACCGGCAGCAGCUGCCGCUCCGCCACCACCUGCCGCGGCUCCACCGGUAGCUACUCCACCGCCAAUGGCUGCGGCACCACCUCCACCACCAGCGGCACCGGCGGCGGCCGCUCCGUUGACCGCCGUUGAACAGCGUGGCCCGCGAGUCUACGCCAGUCCGAUGGCGAAAAAGCUGGCCGAACAGCAGCGACUGCGAUUGGAAGGUCGUGGCUCCGGCCUGUUCGGCUCACUAACGUCUAAGGAUCUUGCAGGUAUGCAGGCCGCUGGCGCUCCUGCAGCCGCGCACGCACCUGCCGCCGGCCCGGCCAAGAUUCCGGCGGGAGCGGCCUACGUGGACCUUCCGGUGUCCAACAUCCGUGGCGUGAUCGCCAAGCGGCUGCUCGAGUCCAAGACGACCAUUCCGCACUACUAUCUGACCGUGGACUGCAACAUGGACCAGAUCAACAAGCUGCGCGCCAAGUUCAACAAACAGCUCGAGAAGGACGGCGUCAAGCUGUCGAUCAACGACUUUAUCAUCAAGGCGGCCGCGAUGGCCUGCAAGAAGGUCCCGGAGGCGAACUCCGCCUGGAUGGACACCGUCAUCAGACAAUUUGACGCCGUGGACGUGUCGGUGGCGGUCUCGACCGAUCGUGGCCUCAUCACUCCGAUCGUGUUCGGCGCGGACCGCAAGGGACUGGCCGACAUCUCCAAGGACGUGAAGUCGCUGGCGGCGAAGGCUCGCGACGGCAAGCUGCAGCCGCAGGAGUUCCAGGGCGGCACCUUCAGCGUGUCCAACCUGGGCAUGUUCGGCGUGACGCACUUUUGUGCCAUCAUCAACCCGCCCCAGAGCUGCAUCCUGGCCAUCGGUGGCACCCAGAAGCGCGUCGUACCUGACAAGGACUCGGAACAAGGCUGGAAGGAAAGCGACUUCGUUGCGGUGACCCUGAGCUGUGACCACCGCACCGUGGACGGUGCCGUCGGUGCCCGCUGGCUGCAGUAUUUCCGUCAGUUCCUGGAAGAUCCCCACUCGAUGCUGCUGUAAAUGCGCGACCGAUGUCUCACCGAUCACCGCCACCACCAACAACUUCACGACGAACUACCACGCCUUACUUGCAAACACCCGGGGAAGGGUUCCCUCAGUCAUAGCCGAACGCCACAGCCACCACCACUCAAACCCCAUUCAGGUCCCCGAAGUCACUACCAUCCGCAGAGAGAGAGAAAGAAAGAGAGAGUUUGAGAGUUUUAAGAGUAAAAUAAAUAUUGUGUAUAGUCAUCCAGAUAUGAAACGAAGUACUGCAACAAUACCUGUCUGCCAAUAUUCAACAAAGAGGAAAAAACAAACAAUUAACUAGUAGUAAACACAAGGAUUACGUACAAACUAAGCACGACUUGAGUAGGUGUAGCAAAGCAUGUAAGGCCGCCGUGAUUACCACAUCGCGAUUGGAUCAUUCAAACUAAGAAUCUGUGUAAAAUUUAAAAGAGGAAAAA